GAUAGAGAAUUUAAAAAUAAAGGUCUCCAAAAUGAAGCGUUAACGCAUAAAUCGUACGCUUACGAACAUCCAAUGAGCGGAAAUCAUAAUGAAAAGUUAGAAUUCUUGGGAGAUUCGGUCAUAUCCCUUGUAAUGUCAAAUUAUUUGUAUAAAAAAUGUAAAGAUGAAGGGGAACUAACUAUGAUGAGAGCAAAGUUGGUUUGCAAACAAACUUUGGCAGAGUUUGCGUUACGUUUAAAUUUAGAAUUAAGGUUGAAAUUUGGAAAAGGUGCUUUAAUUACCAACGCAAGAAAUAAUGAAAAGAUAUUAGAAGACGCUUUUGAAGCUUAUAUAGGUGCCGUAUUUUUAGAUUCAGACGAAAAUUUUCUAGAAGUAAUGAAUUUUAUGAAACCUUUGUUAGAACCAAAAGUUGAGCAACUUCUCUUGGAAAAAAAAAAUGCACAACAAAAUGAUACUUCUAAACAUAUAAUCGGCCCUCAGGAUCUAUCACUUAUGACUUUACCCCUUGAAGAUCCAAUUAAUAAACUUCAAACUUGGUCACAGAGAAGAAAUUUUGGUUUACCUAAAUAUAUUUUAGUUGAAAAUAAAAAAGUUGAAAAUAAACAUAACCAACCUCAGUUUACUUUUGAAGUUAUCAUUAAUGGAAUUACUUACUCUCAAGGGACGGCAAGAAAUAAAUCGGAGGCUAAAAAAUUAGCUGCCAUCAACACCCUAAAUUUAAUUGAUGAUACUGUAAAAUUGAUUAAAUGA